AUGCCACGAUUGGCAAUAGCCAAUGGAUUGAAGUUUCCAGAUAUUCCGGAUGUUUUGAAUGAAUUAACUUCAAUGGAGGAGAGAUUACGUAAAUUCUGUUAUAAACAUGGUCGAAAAGAACAAGUCCGCCCGGAAAUCAUACGGAGGGCAGCGGAAUAUUUAGUAACGUGUGAUCUGUUUCGAACAUAUGAUAUAGAACUUGAAGGUUCAUGGACAAAUAAUGAACCUGAAGACACUGUUGAAUGUACCUGUAGUUCACCUGAGCAGGAGAGCAAUAUUGAUGAGAUUCCUGAUGUAAAUCCUGGUGGCACAGAAACUCUGUUAGAUGAAAACCAAGACCUAACAAUAGUUAGUGGCUCCAGGAGAAGGUGA